AUUACUAUUUUUUUCAGGCCAAGCAAACAGAAGAUACUAUGUAAUGUCCUUUUCUAUUAUUAACUGAGUUGAUCGAUGAGGGACUUCCCUUCUUGUUUUGGUGAAAGCGGUGUUCAGGUUGCAGAUUCUUCAUCAUCAUCAGGUAGUAGCGGCAGAGCUGCUCAGAAUCUCGUAACGUGUGUGUAUCUCUGUGAACUCCGAGGUGUUUCGCGCUUCAUCACUGUUACAUGGACGAAGAAUCUGAUGGGUCAAGGUUUGCUCAUCGGGGUUGAGAAUCCAACGGGUGAAUCCCUGUGCAAGGUGGACAUCAAGCCAUCGCUGUUCUCGAAGAGAAAAGGAUCCAAGAAUGCAGAACUGGGUUCAAGCGCGGUCGAGGUCUACUGGGAUUUCUCCAACGCGAAGUUCGGUUCUAGCCCCGAGCCAUUAGAGGGGUUCUACCUCGCCGUAACGCUAAACCAAGAACUGAUCCUCCUCACCGGGGACCUGCAGAAGCUCGCCUACAAGAAGAUCGACGCGGCAGUCACAAUCCCGGCAGCCUGCACCACGACUUUCCUCGCCAAGCGAGAGCACAUCUCCGGGAAGAAACUUUACGCCGCAAAGGCACAGCUGUCCGACAAGGGGGCGCUGCACGAUAUCUCGAUAGAAUGCGACGACAGCGGUCACGGGAGCAGCAGCAGCGACCCGUGCCUCGUGAUCCGGGUCGACGGGCAGCCCGUGAUGCAGGUGAGGCAACUCCGGUGGAAGUUCCGAGGCAAUCACACCAUCUUGGUGGAUGGGAAUCUGGUCCAAGUUUUGUGGGAUGUCCAUGAUUGGCUGUUUGGGAACACCGCUGCUGCAGCAAAUGGUGUUUUCUUGUUCCAGACAAGCUCAAGCUGUUCCUCGUCCGACAAACUUUGGAGCAGCCAACUUGCGUUCAACUGCUCAGAGUUUCAACAUUCUCAACCAUCUUGUAGUAAAGCACAGGGCUUUUCUUUGUUAUUGUAUGUUUGGAAAGAUUAAAACAUUUGUAAUUUGUAUGGUGAAAUUUUUUAGUUAUAUCUCGUCAGUAGUCAUGGUAAAAACUAUAGUGUACUCCGUAUUAGAGUUGGUGAUGGUAUUGCGAAAGUGGAGGAUAUUAUAUAUUUGUACUCAAUAAUCAUUUUGUAUAUUAUUUGUUUGUCCAUGUUGAUUAA